AUGACUUGUUCGUGUUCACCCACUCUCUCCUUUCCACCCUUUUGCGGCCAAGGCCCCCGAGACCUCCGGACGCCUGCGUUGUCCAAGCUGCUCCCGGGGACAGGCUCACCUCCAGAGCUCACCUGCCGCAUGCUGAAGAUCUCUCCUUCCUUUGAGGUCCAUCGUGUUCCGGGCCUUCUUGACCGGAAGGCACCGGGACCUGGACGAGGCGCGAGAAACGUGCCAAGGUUUCUCGUUCCGCCGCCGCCAGCUGCGAAGCUUUGCCCUGCUCAGGAUGGUGCCGGGAGCGAGCCUCGCCUUCGUGCACUGCAGGCCUCCACCCCUGCCACGGCUCUGGCCACGUCGAACUGGUCCGAGGUGGUCAGCUGCAACUUCGAGGCCGCAAUAGGACUUGAGACUGAGAGUGAGAGCCUUUCGAGAGAUGAGGAAGAUGCGAGAAGCUGUGAGGCUAACUUUUGCGGGUGGUCGAAUGGUGACAACGCCUGGCGGCCUCGUUCCGGAUCGACUCCAUCAUCAGACACGGGACCAGAGCAGGCAGCAGAAGGGGACUGGUACGUCUAUGUAGAGUCGAGCUCCAAUGCGAACAAGGCCGGGCUUUUCAACAAAAGAAAGGGUAGCGCGCCAGAGCCUGGUCGCAGAAAUGCACGACAGGAGUUCAUCCUGACCAGCGGCAUCUUCGACACUUCACCAGCAACGCGGCAUCUCCAUUUCUAUUUCCAUAUGUUUGGGAGACACUUGCAGACGGGCAGCCUGCGAAUGGACGCGUUGCGAAGCAGUGGCUGGACGCAAGUGUGGUCGCGAAUCGGAGAGCAAGGGACGCAAUGGGGCACAGCAUUGGUGAGUCUACCGCAGGACGCCGCAGCUGUGCGUUUCGUCGGCAUCACAGGCGACAGCUGGAGGAGCGACAUUGGGCUGGAUGGCAUCGCCACUGGGCUCCCCACGGUGGAGUUCGAUCAGCUCACUUGUGAGUUCGGUUUCGACACCUGCCUGUGGCAAAGCACUGGUGCAUCUUCAUGGCAGCUUGCGGGGGACGCGGAUGGCCAGUGGCUGGAGGCUGUGCAGAGUGGUUCCCAAGCUUCGCAAUGGAUCUUGGAAACCGCGGCACUCUUCAACACCACUGAGGAGAAGGCCUUGGUUUUCGACUAUCAGUUGAACGGCUCGGGAACCGUGGCGUUGGAGCUACAACACCAAGCCUCCGCUGGCGACUGGCAGCGUUUGUGGAUGCAGUCAGGCAGCCGCGGCGCAGGUUGGCAUGCCGCCAUCGUCACCAUCCCUUCCUCCACCGUGAGCCUGCGCUUGCUUGCCAACGUCACUGACGACGCAGAUGUCGUGCGGAUCGACUCGCUCCAUGCAGCGGACGUCCUGCACGACUGGAGCUCCAUUUCCUGUGGUUUUGAAUCCGACUUCUGUGCUUGGUCCACCAGUUCCCACCCAUGGCUGCGAGGUUCAGGGACUACGCCUAGCUCAGGUACCGGGCCGGACGAGGCUGCGGAAGGUGAGUCGUACAUUUAUACAGAAGCCAGUGACAAUGAGAACAAGGAGUUCAUUCUCACCAGCGACCUGUUCGACCCAUCACCGGAAUCUCGGCAUCUCCAUUUCCAUUACCACAUGCAAGGUGCGGACACAGGCAGCUUGCGAAUGGACGCGUUGCGAAGCAGUGGCUGGACGCAAGUGUGGUCGCGAAUCGGAGAGCAAGGGACGCAAUGGGGCCUGGCACAGGUGAUGCUGCCGCAGGAUGCGAGGGCUGUGCGUUUCGUUGGCAUCACAGGCGACAGCUGGAGGAGCGACGUUGCGCUGGAUGGCAUCGCCACCGGACUCCCCGAUCCGCUCACCUGUGAGUUCAGUGUCGACACCUGUGGCAAAGCACUGCUGCCUCUGCCUCUUCAUGGCAGCUUGCGGGGGACGCGGAUGGCCAGUGGCUGGAGGCUGUGCAGAAUGGAGAAGGCCUUGGUUUUCGACUAUCAGUUGAACGGCUCGGGAACCGUGGCGUUGGAGCUACAACACCAAGCCUCUGCUGGCGGCUGGCAGCGUUUGUGGAUGGAGUCAGGCAGCCGCGGCGCAGGUUGGCAUACUGCCGCAGUUACUGUACCAUUUGGCACUGUCAGUGUCCGCUUCGUGGCCAACGUCUCCGAGCCAGGCUUGGUGAAGCUGGAUUCCUUCUUGGUGACGGCCAUCGAGCCCGCGCUGGCAAACAGUAGCUGCAGCUUUGAGGAGACUUGCAAGUGGAUGGGAGACUGGCAGCGCCGCAGCAGCCCCUUUCGCAGUCUUACAACCGCCUUCCAGGCGGAGAGCUAUGCUUAUGCUGGCGGCUCCGGAACUGUUGGUGGCAAGGCGGGCAGGCGGGGGCAAAGUCUGUUUUGCAACUUUCCGCCCUGUCCCUCGCAGACAUUCGUGCUCACCAGCCCGCUCUUCCCCAAGAUCGCCAACGUCUCCUACCUGGAGUUCGCUUUCUACAUGUAUGGUAGCUCCGUCGGCAAGCUGGAGUUAUGGUACCUGCGCAACAACAUGUGGAGCUUGCGCUGGUCCCGGCAAUCAAACCAGGGGAACGCCUGGCUUCAGGCCAAGGUGACGCUCCCAAGCGGAGUGGAGAUGCUCCGCUUCGUGAGCUCCGGCGCCCUCUCCGAAUUCUCCCAUGUAGCUUUGGACGCAAUCCUCGCUUGGGAGGGCCCUGAAGCAGCCCCUGCAGAGUUCCUGAGCCUCUCUUCUGGUAACUGGCACAACUGUGCAGUUCUCCAGGCCGAGGGCCUCCUGAAGUGCUGGGGAGUUGGGGAUCACGGCCGCCUGCUUUCCGGCAGCGACGCAGAAGUGGGGCUAGCUCCGGGUCAGAUGGGUGAGAAGCUUCCGGCCGUGGACCUCGGGGAGCCCGGCGUUCGAGUGACGCAGGUGACCUGCGGUGUUUGGCACACCUGUGCACUUCUCGAGACGGGCUUCUUCAAAUGCUUCGGGAGUGGCACUCAUGGCAAGCUGGGCAAUGGACACACCCGCCAUGUUGGAGAUGAGCCUUUGGAGAUGGGCGCGCAUUUGCCAGCCGUGGACCUGGGCCCCGGUGUGGAGGUGGUGCAGGUGGAUGCUGGACGUACCCAUACCUGCGCUCUGCUUCGGGGUGGGAGCGUGAAGUGCUUCGGGGAGGGCCGGCUGCUGGGCUUGGGAGACGAGCGCGGGCCCCAGAAGGAUCGUGGCGACGAGCCCGGCGAGAUGGGCUCCAACCUCACUGCGAUUGACCUGGGCACCGACUUCGAAGCGGCGGUGCAGCUGGCCUUGGGAGAUUACCACAGCUGUGCUCUGUCAAGCCAAGGUACCGUGAAAUGCUGGGGACGGGGAGAUCGCCUGGGACUGGGACUUCCCGCUGUCGGAAUCGGUAACAGCCCCAACGAGAUGGGAAAUGCCCUACCUGCGGUGGACUUGGGCCCCCUUCCGGCUGCGCAGAUCGCAGCUGGGUCCCGCCACACCUGCGUGCUGUCCGACGGCUCGGCAAAAUGCUGGGGUGCGAAUCACAGGGGUCAACUUGGGCACGGCAGCCUUGAAGACGCGGGUGACGAGCCCGGUGAGAUGGGCACCAGCCUUCCGGUCGUGGAUCUGGGCGAUGGGAUGACGGUCGUCCGUAUCACUGCUGGCAGUCAUUACAGCUGCGCCAUCCUCCAAGAUGCAAGCCUCAAGUGCUGGGGCUCGGGCGUGAGUGGCCAGCCUGGGCCUCAGUGGGGGGGUGGGGGUGAAAGGCUUGGCCAGGGCAACCUGGAGAGCUUGGGAGAUGAGCCCUCCGAGAUGGGCUCCAAUCUUCGCGCAGUCGGCCUGGGCAAUCUCGAGGUGCGGGAUGUAAGUGCCGGUUCCGGCCACACCUGCGUGCUCCUGGAGGACGACAGCACGAGGUGCUGGGGCGAGGGCAGUUUGGGGCAGCUGGGCACUGGCAGCGCCCUCAGCGUCGGCCAGGUGCCUGGCGAGCUUGGUGUGGCUUUGGUGCCUGCGGAGCUCUUUCCCCGGACCCUUGGUGCUGGCCUUCAAGGUCUCAGCUUGCUUGCCGUUGCCGAAGACCAUGGCUUUGCCAAAGGGCUGCUCCAACUGCAGCACAACGCCUCGGUCGGCUUGGUCUGCGAUGAUGACUUUGAUUCUCGGGUGGCGCAAGUGGCCUGCCGUGAUCUCGGCAUGGCCGGGGGCAGGACGCUGCCAGCCUUGGCGAUGUGGGGUUGGGUGGGGGCCGGCACCAUCCUUGCUGACAACAUUCAGUGUACAGGCGCAGAAGUAAGCCUUCGCGACUGUCUUGAGUGCGAGUCGGAUGCGUGGAGCGAGUACACGCCCGCCGCAAGCCCAGCCGGGCGCCAGGACGCGUCUAUGGUCUGGGACAGUGAGACUCAGUCUGCAUGGAUGUUCGGGGGCCACGCCAGCAAUGCCUUCCUGUACUUUGCGGACUUGUGGCGCUAUGACUGGUCUCGGCGAGCUUGGACGGAGAUCCUGCCGCUGAACGAGGGCUCGACCCCCGGCAGCAGAUGGGGCCACGCGGCUGUAUGGGAUGCGCAUUCCAGGUCUAUGCUGAUCUUUGGAGGCAGGUUUCGAGUUGCCUUCUACGAUGACAUUUGGCAAUUUCGCAGCACGGACAGCACUUGGAGGCAAUUGCCUACCAUGGCGAAGCCGUCGGCACGCGCCUACCACAGUGCGAUCCUGGACCCGGUGGAGGGUGCGGUGCUAGUUUUUGGAGGAGAGAGCAGCAGCCAGGUGUUGGAGGACCUCCAGCGCUACAGCCUCGCCGACGGCCAGUGGAGCAAGUCUGGCGCGACGGGUCUCGGAGCCCGCAGUCGACACACUGCCGUCUGGGUGCCCGCAACCCGCUCCAUGCUCGUUUUUGGCGGGUGGAGUGGGCAGCAAUAUCUGGAUGACCUGUGCAGCUACGAUGCUUCAGCAGGCACCUGGACCGACUUGUCAGCUUCAGGAUAUUGGCCCACGGCUCGCGCGGGGCAUGCCGCCGCGUGGGACCCAAUUUCAAUGAGUAUGCUAGUCAUGGGUGGCAUCACCAGUGUGAGCGAUGAGCUCAGCUACGAGUCCUCGCUGUACAACUACAGCCUCUUGACAAACUCCUGGAAGCAAGAGGGCCUGCAAAGCGAGGUCCCAGGCCCAACCGGCCGUACAGGUCAUGGCAUUGUUUGGGACGACGCUGCUCGUGGCUUGCUGACCUUCGGUGGCUUCAAUGCUUCUUACUUGCAGCAAACCUGGCGAUACGUGGUCAGUCAGACCAGCUCGCCCUUGCUGGUCAGCUGCCAGCAGGGCCGCAACUGUUCCUUCCGCUGGAACGCCUCGGGCUUGGGCACCGUGAAACGCAGCUGCUCCGACCCGGAGGUCUUGACAGGACUAGGGCUCCCCACACCACUCUCUGAAGCGGAGGAGGAUCUCUGGAUGUUCGGAGGACAUGCAUCGCCUUUCUUCGUGGAACCGGGGCAUCACCGCCUCUGCUGGUGUGAUGUCGUCAACUGCAGCCACCCCGACAACUUCAGCGUGACAGUGGGCUACUUUGUCCUGGAGGGCCCGCAGCUGCAGCAGUCCGCUCAAUGCUACCUAGGCAGAGACUGUAGGAUUUCAGAGUGGCGAGGAGUCGGCAUCUCCGCGAACGACAGCGUCGUGAUGCAGAGCCGAUGCGGCGAAGGGCCGCGGCUCUCCUCUUCCACCUACUCCCAGCGCUCGGUCGGCGUCUCCUUCAACGAGUCCUACGGUUGGCACACCUUGCACGUGGGCUUCCUCGACCCAGCGGAGGGCCUCAAGCCGGAAGCUCUGGAGCUUUGCUGGUGCCCUGCUGCGGCGGCCCCUUGCGCUUCGGCGGAGGACUUCCUCGUGGUCGCCCUGAGCCUGGACGUGAUCUGCCCGCCCGGCGAGUACAGCGAAGGGCCCGGCUCUUCCUGCCUGCUCUGCCCGCCGAACUUCUUCUGCCCGGCGGUUCGGAAUUGCAGAGCUGUCCGUCGUCGAGCACUUCGAUGCAGGGCUCAAGUCCGCCAACUCUCCGAAUGCCUUUGCCUUCAAGGGCGCUACUGGGAUGCAGAGAGCGCCAUCUGCCUGGCGUGCCCCGCUGGGUCUUCGACGUUGCAGGAGGGGGCCACCAGCCUGGCGUCCUGCACUUGCAUGCCGGGCUUCUUCGCGACGCAGCCCGACAAUCCGGCAGUUUGCGAAGCCUGCGGCGUGGGCUUCUUCUGUGCAGGGGGCCUGCAGACCCCGCAGCCGUGUGCGCCGUCCCAAACCACUGAGAGCGACACUUCAGCCGACGAGUCCAAAUGUGUUUGCAGGGCCGGCAGCUUCUUGGAAGACGGGCUUUGCGCCCCGUGUCCGGUUGGAUUUUUCAAGGGCAGCGUCGGAGACUUCCCGUGCUCGCCAUGUGGUACUGGCACCUUCAGCAACGGCACGGGAAGCACAGAGCCUUGCAGAUGCCAACAGGGCUAUGGUUUUGACGAGGAGAUCGCGCAGUGCAGACCAUGCCUUCCGGGCGAAUACAAAGCACUGGUAGGCGACACUCCGUGCAGCCGAUGCUCUACCAAUAAGACCUCUAUGGAGGGCGCCGCGUCUCCCCUUGACUGUCGAUGCCGCUCAGGUCUUGCAGCAGAGGGUGAGAGCUGCCGAGACUGCCGAGAAGGCUUCUUCUGCCAGGGCCAGGGUGAAGAGCGGCGAUGCCAGGAUGAUGCCACCUCACGCAGGGGCUCCAUCCUGCAGGCAGAUUGCCUAUGCCUCCCAGGUUACUAUUCCCUUGAAGCUCAGGGCCUCUGUGAGCCUUGCGAACCUGGACGCUACAAGCCCACGCUGGCCAACGAUCCAUCGUGCCCAUUACAGUGCCCCACAAAUGGCGAGAGUGCCAAUGCGUCCACCAACUUAACAGAGUGCUUCUGCAUGCCAGGAUUUUACGCAGUGCUCGAUGAAGGAUCCCUCUCCAGGUGCGCCAGUUGUGCCUUCCUUCCUCAUUUGCAAUGCUUGGGUGGUUUUCACACUCAGGCGGGCAUCACUCAGUUGGGGAACCACAAGCUGCCUGUCGCCCGGCCGGGCUACUUCCAGACAGGAGUGACAAUCGCCGUGAAGUGCACGGCUGUCACGUCCACUGGCCUCAGCGCUUGCCUCGGAGGGCAGCUAUGCGCGCAAGAUGACACGGUGGAAUGCUUCGGCAAGUAUGACAACGCCUGCGACGAAGGCUCCACCGGGUUCUUUUGUGGAGAAUGCCCCGCUGGUUGGGCCAGGAGUGCCUUCCAGCAGCCAUGCGAACCGUGCGCUGCUGGUGCUGUUUUGCCUCUGGUAGCCUCUGUCAUCAUCGAUGUUGGCACGAAGGUCGCGGGUGCCGAACAGUUGCCGAAUUUUAAGGGGGUGUUUGCCAAGCCGCCCCUCAAUCCUAGAAGUUGGCCGCAGCAAGGGAAGUGUAAGAAACGGGAGGGAGCGGGUCAUAGCGGGGGAAGCGGACAGGCCACGAUCAACUUCGUGGUCGCGGCCAUGGCCGCAAUGGCGGCAGUCAGAGCCAGCAGCAAGCUCCACACGGUGAUGAUCCGCAUCGCCGUCCAGUGGCUGGCUGCCUGCUCUGUCCUGACAGCUUUCGACCUCACGCAGAUUCCGCUCGAGAACGACGUGGAGACCCAGCGAGAUCAGGAAGAGCAUCCACUCUUCCCAUGGCCUGCGCAGGUCAGCGCAGCGAUGCGGGGCCUCUUCGAGACCCUCACGCUGACGCCGGUGCUGACAUCUGUCAACUCGGCCACACAGUGCUUUGCCCAGGAGCUUGCUCCUGACAGCACUGCCCCGCGCAUCGCCUUUGGAGUGUACCACCUCGCCUUACCUCUCUUGGUCAUGAUUGGCAUUCUUCUGCUCUCCUUCGUGGUGGUGCAUGUGGUGGUGCCCUUGGGGCAGCGUUUCGGCUUCUCCUUCAACGAGUCCGGACGUAGCAUGAACCAUCUGCGCAAGAUCAUAGACCCCAUGCUCAAAGAGAUCUUGCGCAAACCUGUCGCCGAAGCCUCCAUCACAACGUCGCGUACUUCUGACGCCUUCGCCUGGGCGGACUUGGAGCGCGCGGGCACCUUGGGGAACCUCACCACGGCUCAGUUGCAGCAAGCGGCGGAGAACCCGGAUGGCUUCUUGCGCACGGCUGCAGCCGGGUCGCGAGAGCUCCUGGUCAGCGCCUGUGCGGCUCGUGCUGCCCAGCUGCAUCCACAGGCCGAGGCCCAGGAGCUUUACCAAGAGCUGGCGAAGGCGGAUCUCCGACAGUUCCUGACCGCGGACUUCGCCACUCGGUCUCCGGAUUUUACGGCAAUGCUGGACAAGGUCUUGGAUGCGGCAUUCACCUUCGACGAGGAGACCGUGCCCGUACCGAAGGAAGGCCCUGAGCAAGAAGAGGCUGACGAGCUCCGGCUCGUGGGCUCGGAGCACGCGCCUUGCGACGUCGUGGUCGCCUUGCCCACGGACGCAAUGCCAGAGAAGAAACCGGGGGAAAAGAGCACCUUCAGCUUUACAUCUUUGGACAACCGAGCCAGCCCGAUGGACUCUCUCAACUGUGGCCUCUUCUCGCCGGCACCUCGCUUCGGCGAGCUCGCAUACCAGAGCGUGCCCAUCAUUUGGGUGAGCCUGGUCUCUCUGUGGCCUGGGCUACUGUCCAGCUUCCUGCAGAUGAUCUGGUGCGUGUCGGUUCUGGAAGACGAUGUGCUGGUGAGCCGCCUGCUGCCCAACCCUUCCGUCAUUUGUUGGUCCGACGAGCACCUGGUUUCUGCGCGCUUCGCCAUCGCUGGGCUCGUCGUGUGGUGCCUGGGCAUACCGAUUGUGCUGGCCACCGUCUUGUUUCGCCUCCCGGAUAGGCAGGCUCCUGACAACUUCAGGCGCUUUGGCUAUUUCUUCCAGGGCCUGGAGCGACAGUUUUGGUGGUGGGAUCUCCUCGUUAAGCGCUUCGACUUGGCGCUGAUGAUGCUGGUCGCCUACACUUCCCUCGUGCCGGAUCAGAAGGCCAAGCUCGCGCUCUUCCCCGUCCUCUCGGCCUUCCAGGCGCUGCUGGCAUCGUGGGUCCGGCCCUAUGCAAACGACCAGGCUGAGGUGCUGGACGUCUUGGAGGUGACGCUGUGCUCGAUCCGGUUUCUGCUCUUCAGCGGAGUGGCGCUGCUUCUCAGUCUGGAGACACCGACAGAGACGGCUCACAUGGUGGCCUACCUCCUCUUGCUGGUCUUGGUGCUCGCCUGCCUUUACUUCUUCGCCCACUUCACCGCCCAGGUCCUUCAAGAUGCAGCAGCCUGGAGAUCGGUAGGUUGGUUUCCGCGCUUUGUCAUCGAGUUGGCAUUGCCCCUGUUUACCGAGGCGCAGUCAGAAUCUCUUGAGCUGGUUUGGUCUUUCUCGUCGGAGGAGAUCACAGCGACAACUGCAUCCCUUGAUGCAAGGAACAGCGGACAAAUGUCCAAGACGGCUCUCGGCAAGAUCUGUACGAAAGCGUGGCAUGUGCUGCGGCAGCUGAGUAAAGCUGUUUUACGACAUGGUCCCCUCUUCCAGCAGGCUGCGGUUGCAAAGGCCAACGACGACUUGCUUGCGCUCUGGCUUCAGCUUGGGCCGAAGCUGCCUUCGCAAAAGCACGCUUGCGCUCUGGCAACAGCGUGCAAGGCAUUGCCGCGCUCGCUGGUGAAAAGCCGCAUCUGCGUUUCAUGGAUGCAGCAGCUCGAAGUACUUUCCCAGCAAGAUCCGCCCUUCAGAUGCAGCCCCAAAGAUCUGGAGCAAGCGGUUCAGCAACUGGGGAAACUGUCGUCUGAAGACGGUUCCAUGCUGAUUGAAUAUGUCGUAACCUUGUGCGAUGCACACAUCCAGCCAGAAGCCCUGCUGGAAUUUUGA